AUGUUCAAAAAUCAGUAUCAGGGUGGCCCAUUUGUGGAAAUAUUCAGUGCUCAAGGCAAGAACCCAGUAGCAAAAUGGAAGAUUUAUGGCAAUCCAUCAGCUAUACGGAAAGAAUAUGAUAAAGAAAUAAAAGGCUUUGUUUAUGUACUUGAAGGAAGCAGUCAAAUCAACAAAAUGCAGCUACCAAAGGAAACUACACAAACUUUGGGACUGAUUCAACCAUUUCUGACACUUCAGAUUUUCGUGCCAUUGGGACAAGACUUCUCCACGGUGUUAAUGAUAACUGAUUUAGGAAAUAUUAAAAGAAGAUUGUAUUUAUCAACAGUCCGCAAGGAGGUGUCUGUAACCCCUCUGCAUGCAAUAAUUCCUCUGGUUAUGAUCAAGCGCAAAAUAUGGUGCAAUAUGUGUAUUGACUUGAUAGCAUUCACCAGUGAAAUAUUCAGAGGAGCUGUUUUCCAGUCUUUGGAUGGAAUUGUCAUUUCAGCCAACUGUAAACUGAGAAAGAUCUUCACUUUAAAAUCCAAGCCUCACGAUACAUCCAAGGAAGAUGGUGUAUGUGUUCCAUUUUUGACAUGUGAGCCCACAGAUGUCAUUCCUCAAACCUGCCAGCUAAAUACUGAUGUGCCACAAGUUACACAAUUGCUGAACUUGACUAAAAUUCAAAAGCCAGAAAUAAAAUCCAGGAAAGAUCCAGUAGCAGUGCAAGAAAUAGGUAGCCCAGUUAAUAGAGGACAACGCAAUAUAUACAGCAGUAAAACUCAGGUUUUAUCACAUAUUGCAUUUGGAUCAAAGAUCCUUGGGACACCUCCAUCUGCAAGCAGAAGAGUCAGUGCAAAGGUAUCUGGAAAGGUAACAAAGACCUGGGGUAGCAAAGAUAAUAGAACAUGCAGACUUUGGAGUUCAAGAAAGGAAACUGAAUCCGUACCAGACGUUGAGAGAUUGGAGCUAUCAUUCUCACUAUGGAAUGAUUCUUUAGAUGAAGGAGUCAAAAGAAAUACUCAUAAAACCACUAGAGAUCUGUCUCUAAAUGACCUUGCAAUACAGACUGAGAAAACCUCUGAAAGAGCAUAUCUUCAACUCUCCUCACCACAAGGACCAUCAGCAGACAAGAACAGUCAUAGUAGAUUAUCUCCAGAAAAUACAGCCAAAGACACAUGGGAGAUAAACAGUGAUGAACCUCUGUUACCAGAAAGUUUCACUAAGAGCAUUCAGAUGGAUUGGAGUGAGCAGUUCAUAGCUACUGAAGAUUCAUCCUGCUAUAAUUUGACUUCACCACAGAAUGCCUCUGUUGAAGAUCAUAGCAAUGAAACAGGUGAUCACCAAGUGAAUAAUAAAGAGAUUUUCACAUUUUCAUCAAGGCCUCCAUCAGGUCCUCAUGAGAAGUCUCCCAGUAUGUCACCAGAAUCUUGCAUUUUCCCUUUGGAUUUGAAGCAAGACAGUAAUGGAAUACAUGGAAAAACCCAAACUGAAGAUAAUUUUGAAGGAACUGACACCAAUGAAGAGGAUGACAACAAUGAAUUCAUCCAUGGUACUGAGAAACUUGAGAUCAGUAGCAGCAGACAAGGAACAUCUAAUUCAGCAGUUUUUAAAGAGAACACGUUAAAGGGGAUAUCAUGGGGAAGAGAAUCCUGGAAGAAUAAGGAACACAGCAAGCAUAACUUUGAAGAGACCAUCUUAUCAGAACCACAAAGUUCCACUGUGAGAAAAACAGAUUCUCUUAGCUCUCUGAGAAGCUUAAAGCCUACCCUCUCUCUUUCUCCACCUAAAUUCUUUAAAGGAAUUCCACAUGAAGCCAACUUCUUCACUGAAACAUGUGAAGAAGUUCCUGGACAAUUAAAAAGAUCCAUUAGUAAAAUGUCUCCCAAGGAAGUUUCAAGAGAAAAUUCAGGUCUGAUAACACAGUCUUCUGAGUACAACUGGAAAAAAUACCAGUCAAAUAGCCAGAGUUCAUCUGAGCUACAGAUGCUGGCUAGCAUGAAGAGACAAGAAAAUGAAGACUUACAAGAUACUGAGAUCUCACAUGGGCUGAGCACUUCACAGAUAGAUAACUGCAAUGUUAGCAAUGAUACAACAACCUGGAACUCUUGUUUCCCACCAGCUGUCAGUCAGGAGCAUCACUAUCAGAAAGAAAGGAGCUCAAUCUCUCUUUCCAGCCCACGGGACAGUCUGAACACGUUGAGUCCCUCUGUCAUUUCUGGAAGCCAGCAACUGGAAGAGCACACUGAAUCUUCAACAAAACAGAGUACUCCCGGUGAAGAUGACCUCAGUGCUGAAGAAGAUGAAGUUUUGACUCUUCUCUAUGAUCGAUCUCUGAACUGUUUUUUUGAUCCAAAAUCUGGGAAGUACUAUGAACUGGCAUAG